UUCGCCCCAGCUGGUAUGGGACAGAAUCAUGGCUGGGGUUGGAGGGUCUGGGGUUUUUCAAAAUCAUGGACUGGUAUCUCUGGUUUCUUUGCUUCAUUUCUCUCGCUGUCAGUGCUUUGGAUUGGAGAGACCUGCUAACUGACGAAGAUGUGUACAAUGAGCAGAAAUUUGGACAUUUUCCGGACUCUCUACGCCUGGAAAUGCGCGAAGAGGCCCGCAAGAUGUUCUACUUCGGGUACGACAACUACAUGAGAUACGCCUUCCCGAAAGACGAGCUCAACCCGCACGCCUGCAGUGGAAGGGGCCCAGAUGUGGAGAACCCUGCUAAUAUCAACAUUAAUGAUGUGCUGGGUGACUACUCCCUGACAUUGGUGGACACCCUGGACACACUAGCAAUCAUGGGGAAUGCGAGCGAGUUCAAGCAUGCUGUUCAGCUGGUUCUGGACAACGUGUCGUUUGAGCGAAACACCACAGUGCAGGUGUUCGAGGCCACCAUAAGGGUGUUGGGCGCGCUCCUGUCGGCCCACCUCAUUAUCACCGACCCCCUGCAGCCCUUCGGCGACGUGCAGCCUGACGGCUACGAGAACGACCUGCUGGAGCUCGCACACGACCUCGGGACAAGGCUACUGCCCGCGUUUGAGAACACGCCCACCGGUCUGCCCUAUCCGCGGGUAUGUAGUAGUGUAUGGAAGCACCUAAUUUGAACAUCUUCACUGUAU